UUUUUGUUCAUUGAACCCUGGCAGCUCUGUCUACUUAAAAGGAGAGGUGCAAAGGUUUAUUCCCCGCUUUUGGUGGUGAACAUCCUCUAGUAUCUUCUUAAAAGGGUGUGUGGAAGAUUUGAUGUGUGCUCACUGUUUCCUUCAGUGCUUGGCAGGCCACUGUGAAGGUUCAUCACCUUUUCCCUUUUUCCAAGAUGGCUCAAGAUUCAGUAGGCUUUUCUUCUGAUUAUCAGUUUUGGCUGCAGAAGCUUUCUGUGUGGGACCAGGCCUCCACUUUGGAAACCCAGCAAGAUACCUGCCUUCACCUACCUCGAUUUCAGGAGUUCCUGAGGCAGAUGUAUGAAGUUUUGAAAGAGAUGGAUUCAAAUACGAUCAUUGAAAGAUUCCCCACAAUUGGUCAACUGCUGGCAAGAACUUGCUGGAAUCCUUUUAUCUUAGCAUUUGAUGAAAGCCAAAAAAUUCUAAUAUGGUGCUUAUGUUGUUUGAUUAAUAAAGAACCACAGAAUUCUGAAGAAUCGAAACUUAACUCCUGGACACGGGGGUUGUUAUCUCAUAUACUUUCGGCAUUCAGAUUUGAUACAAAAGAAGUUGGUCUUUUUACUCAAGGUCUUGGAUAUGCACCUGCAGAUUACUGUCCUGGUUUGCUUAAAAAUAUGGUUUUAUCAUUAGUGUCUGAACUGCGAGAGAAUCAUCUUAAUGGAUUUAACACUCAAAGGCGAAUGGUUCCUGAAAAAAUAAGGUUCCUGUCACGAGUUUGUAUACCACUUGUAACUCUGCCAGAUAUUGAACCCCUCGUGGAGGCUCUGCUCACCUACCAUGGACAUGAACCUCAGGAAGUGCUCUGGCCUGAGUUCUUUGAUGCUGUGAAUGAGGCCUUUCUGCUGAAGAAGAUUUCUCUCCCCACAUCAGCUGUAGUCUGCCUCUGGCUUCGGCACCUCCCCAGCCUUGAAAAAGCAACACUGCAUCUUUUUGAUAAGCUAAUCUCCAGUGAGAGAAAUUUCCUGAGAAGGAUCGAAUGCUUUUUGAAAGAUUCAUUACUGCCUGAAGCAGCCUGCCACCCUGCCAUAUUCAGAAUUGUUGAUGAAAUGUUCAGGUGUGCACUCCUGGAAACCGACGGAGCCCCAGAAGUACUAGCCGCUAUUCAAGUGUUUACACGGUGCUUUAUGGAAGCUCUGGAAAAAAAAAACAAGCAGCUGAAGUUUACAUUCAAGACCUACUUUCCUUAUGCUUCUCCAUCUCUUAUUAUGGUGCUGCUCCAACACCCGAAAGAGAUCCCACAAGAACUGUGGCACCAGCCACUGAAACAUAUUUCUGAAAUGCUCAGAGAAAUAGUUGAAGACCAGACUCACGGGUCCUACGGAGGCCCCUUUGAGUGCUGGUUUUUGUUCAUUCACUUUGGAGGAUGGGCUGAUAUCGUGGCUGAGCAGUUAGUGAUGUCAGAAGCUGAACCCCCUGAGGCCCUGCUGUGGCUCUUGGCAUUCAGCUACAGCCCACGUGACGGGAGUCUGCAGAGAACACAGACCAUGGUGGAGGUAAAGGCAGUGCUCGGCCACCUCAAGAAGCUGUUCAGAAGUCCGACUCUCUCAGCCAAGGAUCUGCAGGCAGCAGCUGCAGAGAGCCAAGACAGAGACCCCAGACCACCUUUGUGUCAACAGCUGAUCAGGCGCCUCGUCUUGAACUUCCUGCUCUGGGCUCCUGGCGGCCAUGUGAUUGCCCGGGAAGUCAUCACCCUUAUGGCUCCAACUGAUGAGUUAACCCACGAGAUGACUGGCUUGCUUGACCAGACCUUGUACAGAUGGGAUCAUCUCUGCAUGGAAGCCCCGAGGUCAAGAAAACUGGCCAGAGAGCUCCUCUCGGAGCUGCGCUCGGCCGGCACGGCCCGUUGACCGCAGAGCUGCUGUGCAGGGACCAGGCUCCCCGCGGCCUCGUGAUGUGAUGAUGAGACCAUUUCUUCGUGGAAUGAGUAGUGAGAAUGAGCCAGACAUCUUGGCAAGAUCUGCUAACACAUAUUUUAGGAAGUGAGAAGACCGGUUCUUAACCCAAACUCCAUCCAGUUUAUUGUUCAUGACUGGAUUGUGCCUUGAGCAUUCCCUACCUGCUCAGCCCAGCUGCCAGAGAAUCACUAAAGAAAAGGCUUAGAUAGGAGAACAGAUUUUUGUUUCCGUUUUCCCUUGUAUCAAACCAAGAUACACAACUAUUAUUUGAGUGGUUCAAAGUCUUUGGACCAAGAGAUGGGUCAUGAACCACUGAUCGAUUUAGAAUGUAACUUAGUCCUUUUCCACAGGUCUCUCUUUUCAGAAGUCAUGUUAUUAUUAUUGGUGUUUCUUUUGACCCGCAGGGAUUUGAAAUAAAGCCACACUGUCUUGC